ACGUUUAAAGCACACUCAGCUAAACCUCUGCCUUUCAUCCUUCCAUCAAGCAGAGAAAGUAAAGUUUCUGCUGAACAUGGAUUCUUUCCGUUUAAUUGCUCUCACUUUGGCGUUGUGCUUCCUUAUUCAUUUUGAUCAAGGAAGUGAACUGACCCCUACCACUGAGACCACUGCUACAAGCAGUUCAAAAACGUACAUUAUUCAUGUGAAGGGACCAGAGAGCAAGACAUUUACUGAAUUAGAGGAUUUAGAGAGUUGGUAUCAUUCAUUCAUGCCACCACCUACUAUUAUGAGCACUAAGGAACAGCCACGAGUGAUAUAUUCAUUCAGGAAUGUGAUGAGUGGUUUUGCUGCAAGACUCACUCAAGAAGAGCUGAGAGCUGUGGAAAAGAAGAAUGGUUUUAUUUCAGCUCAUCCUGAAAGGAUACUACAUCUUCAAACCACACAUAGCCCAAAAUUCUUGGGGUUGCAGCCACAAAUGGGAUUAUGGAAGGAAUCAAACUUUGGAAAGGGAGUUAUUAUUGGGGUGCUGGAUUCUGGAAUCACUCCUGGUCAUCCUUCAUUCAGUGAUGUAGGAAUGCCGCCACCACCAUCCAAAUGGAAAGGGAGGUGUGAACUUAAUGUGACAGCUUGUAACAACAAACUAAUUGGAGCAAGGUCAUUCAACCUCGCAGCUAUGGCAAUGAAAGGAGAGAAAGCAGAGGCCCCGAUUGAUGAGGAUGGACAUGGGACUCACACAGCAAGCACAGUUGCUGGUGCUUUUGUUGAUUAUGCUGAAGUACUAGGAAAUGCCAAAGGCACAGCAGCAGGGAUAGCCCCUCACUCUCACCUUGCGAUUUAUAAAGUAUGCUUUGGAGAAGACUGCCCUGAGAGCGAUAUACUGGCUGCAAUAGAAGCAGCUGUGGAGGAUGGCGUAGAUGUACUAUCAAUAUCUCUUGGUCUAAGUGAGCCCCUUCCUUUUUUCAAUGAUAGCACUGCAGUAGGUGCAUUUGCAGCUACUCAGAGGGGAAUCAUUGUAAGUUGUGCAGCAGGAAACUUUGGCCCUUUCAAUGGAUCCUUAAUUAACGGAGCCCCAUGGAUCCUCACAGUUGGAGCAAGCACCAUCGACAGAAGCAUUGUAGCAACAGCAAAACUAGGAGAUGGGCAUGAAUUUGAUGGUGAAUCUGUUUUCCAGCCUUCCAAUUUUUCUCCAACACUGCUACCCUUAGUGUAUGCUGGAAAGAAUGGCAAUCAAAACUCUGCAUUCUGUGCUAAUGGGUCCUUGCAUGACGUUGAUUUCAGAGGCAAGGUUGUUUUGUGCGAGAGAGGAGGGGGUAUAGCAAGAAUUGCCAAAGGAGGGGAAGUAAAAAGAGUAGGAGGUGCAGCCAUGAUUCUAAUGAAUGAUGAAACCAAUGGCUUCAGUCUCGCAGCUGAUGUACAUGUCCUACCUGCAACACAUGUAAGUUAUGAUGCUGGACUUAAGAUUAAAGUAUAUAUAAAUUCAACUGCAACCCCUACAGCAACCAUUUUAUUCAAGGGAACUAUAAUUAGAAAGUCCCUAUCUCCUGCCAUUGCAUCCUUCUCUUCAAGAGGUCCCAACUUGCCAAGUCCUGGUAUUUUGAAACCAGACAUCGUAGGACCAGGCGUGAACAUCCUAGCUUCCUGGCCAUUCCCCCUGGAUAACACCACCAAUUCGAAACUCACUUUCAACAUUAUGUCUGGCACAUCAAUGUCAUGCCCCCAUCUUAGUGGCGUUGCUGCUUUGCUCAAAAGUUCUCAUCCUCAAUGGUCACCAGCUGCUAUAAAAUCUGCCAUAAUGACUUCUGCAGACAUAAUAAAUUUAGAACACAAACUAAUUGUUGAUGAAACACUUCAUCCAGCAGAUAUCUUUGCCACAGGUUCCGGCCAGGUGAAUCCAUCAAAUGCAAACGACCCUGGAUUAGUUUAUGAUAUCCAACCUGAUGAUUAUAUACCUUAUCUGUGUGGUUUAGGCUAUAGUGAUACACAAGUUGGGCUCAUUGCACAUAAAACGAUUAAGUGCUCUGAGACUUCAAGCAUUCCCGAAGGAGAGCUCAACUAUCCCUCAUUUUCGGUUGUGCUUGCUUCCUCGCAGACAUUCACAAGGACUGUAACAAACGUGGGUGAGGCCUAUUCAUCUUACGUUGUCAUGGUUACGGUACCAGAAGGGGUUGAUGUGAAGGUCCAACCAGAUAAACUUGACUUUUCAAAGGUGAACCAGAAAGAGACGUAUUCAGUGACAUUCAGCCGUGUAGGAUCGGGUUAUGAGAUGGGGCAAUAUGCUCAAGGGUUUUUACAGUGGGUCUCUGCUAAACACACUGUAAGGAGCCCUAUUUCGGUCAAAUUUGUUUAAGACAAUAACGUUUGCAACCAGCAACCAGUGCUACAAGAGAACCACCGUAAUGGUCAGAUAAUUGCCUUGCUAGCUACAACAAGUGUUAAGUGACAAAUCUCAAUCGUACCU